AUGUCUCUAGGACGCACGUUCAAACUGAACUCGGGCUACGAGAUCCCCGCUGUUGGUCUCGGAACUUGGCUCUCCAAGCCUAAUGAGGUCGAGAACGCGGUCGAGGUUGCUCUUCGCAAGGGGUACCGUCACAUCGAUGCGGCAGCGUGCUAUCAAAAUGAGAACGAAGUAGGAAAUGGGUGGAAGAAGUCGGGUGUUCCCCGCGAAGAGAUCUUUAUCACCAGCAAACUCUGGAAUACCCAUCACCACCCUGAUCACGUCGAAGAAGCCCUCAACAAGACACUGAGUGACCUCCAGACCGACUAUCUUGACCUUUACUUGAUCCACUGGCCCGUCGCUUUCGAGUAUACCAACGAGACCCUCACCCCAGUCGAUCCGGUGACGAAGCGAUUCCGCAUUGCCGAUGUCCCGGUCGCUGAUACGUGGGUUGUGUUGGAGAAGUUUGUCGAGGCUGGUAAAAUCCGCAGUAUUGGAAUCAGCAAUUUCACCGUCGAGGCGACGCAAUCGCUGCUCAAGAUGGCGAAGAUCCCUCCCGCAGUGAACCAGAUCGAGGCCCACCCUUAUCUGUUGCAGCCUCAGCUGUUUGACUUUUUGAAAGAGAAUAAUAUUUUACCCGUCGCUUACAGUCCGCUUGGAAACAACAUCUACAACCUGCCACGUGUUGUUGACGACCCAACCGUGGUGGAAAUUGCUAAGAAGCUAAACAAAGAUCCAGCGAUUCUACUUAUCUCAUGGGCUGUCCAGCGGGGCUCUGCAGUUCUCCCCAAGAGUGUCACACCUUCUCGCAUUGAGAGUAAUUUCCAGGAUUUCGUUAUCCCUGACGCGGAAUUCGAAGCUCUCAACAAGCUGGACCGUAACGAGCGGUACAACUAUCCCUUCCGCUGGGGUGUUGAUGUCUUUGGCGAGUUGGGAGCUGCUGAAGCUGAGCGACGUGCCGAAGAGCAUGCUGCAAAGUUGCGCGAGAGCUCAUGA